UUCAUUCCCAUCACUAGAUCGCAGCCGCGUGCGUUUAAUAAGGUAAAAAUAAAAGAGAAAAAGUAAACAACGUGGAAUGGACAUAGACGAGCUCUUUGACUGCUUCAACGAGGCGCCUCCCGAGAACUUGGAGGGCCCACCGGCCUUCAGAGCGGAGGAGAAAGCUGGUGUGAAGCGACAAGCACAAUCCGCCGCUGAGGCGGAUCAGAAAGAGGAACCAUCUGACGAUGGGGAGAAGUCCAAGAAGCGGGCCAAACAGGAUGCCAAAUCCAGUGACGAGGAGCAGGAAGAUGAUACCAAAGACGAAGACGCAAAUGACGAGGUAGAUCCCGAGGAUACGGCCGACUUGGAGGCCUUGCGCACGCGGAUUGUGACUCAUUUGUUGGAGUCGCCGGAGUCUUGCACCCACGAGGUGGCUGCCCAUCCAGACCACGAGUACAUACCGCUAAAACCGUUUACCGGUGUGCCGGCCAAGGAGUACCCCUUCGUGCUGGAUCCCUUCCAGCGCCAGGCUAUACUGUGUAUCGACAACAGCCAGAGUGUCUUGGUUUCGGCUCACACGUCUGCGGGAAAGACUGUGGUGGCGGAGUACGCCAUUGCCAAGUCGCUGGCAGCCAAGCAGCGCGUUAUAUACACCACUCCAAUAAAGGCUCUGUCCAACCAAAAGUUCCGUGAGUUUACUGAUGAGUUCAAGGAUGUCGGUCUGGUCACUGGCGAUGUGACUAUUAAUCCUUCCGCCUCCUGCCUGAUCAUGACCACUGAGAUUUUGCGAAACAUGCUGUACCGGGGUAGCGAAAUUAUGCGCGAGGUGGGUUGGGUAAUCUUCGACGAAAUCCAUUACAUGCGCGACAAGGAGCGCGGAGUGGUCUGGGAGGAGACGCUUAUUCUGCUGCCGGACAACGUGCGCUAUGUCUUCCUCUCGGCCACAAUACCCAAUGCACGUCAGUUUGCCGAGUGGGUCUGCCACCUGCACAAGCAGCCCUGCCACGUGGUGUACACCGACUACCGACCCACUCCGCUGCAGCACUACAUCUUCCCGGCCGGUGGCGAUGGCAUCCAUCUAAUCGUCGACGAAAAGGGGCAGUUUAAGGAGGACAACUUUAGCACAGCCAUGGCUGUACUGGCCAAUGCAGGGGAGGCUGCCAAGGGCGACCAAAAGUCUCGAAAAGGAGGCAUCAAGGGCGUGAAUGCCGGACAGACGAACAUCUUCAAAAUAGUCAAGAUGAUUAUGGAACGCAACUUUGCCCCGGUGAUCAUCUUCUCGUUCAGCAAAAAGGACUGCGAGAUAUACGCCAUGCAGAUGGCCAAGCUGGACUUCAAUACCGCCGAUGAAAAGAAACUGGUGGAUGAGGUUUUCAAUAAUGCCAUGGAUGUUCUCUCGGCGGAGGAUCGCAAGCUGCCACAGGUGGAGAAUGUACUGCCCCUGCUUCGGCGCGGCAUCGGCAUCCAUCAUGGUGGAUUGCUGCCCAUUCUGAAGGAAACUAUCGAGAUUCUCUUCGGCGAGGGUCUGAUCAAGGCGCUCUUUGCCACUGAAACCUUUGCCAUGGGUCUGAACAUGCCGGCCAGAACAGUCCUGUUCACGGCACCGCGAAAGUUCGACGGCAAGGACUUCCGUUGGAUCAGCUCUGGCGAGUACAUUCAAAUGGCGGGACGAGCCGGACGUCGAGGGCUCGACGACAAGGGCAUUGUCAUCCUAAUGAUCGAUGAGAAGGUCUCACCGGCUGUGGGCCGCGGCAUCGUCCAAGGCAAGGCCGAUCCCAUCAACUCUGCCUUCCACCUGACCUACAACAUGGUGCUGAAUCUGCUCCGAGUCGAGGAAAUCAAUCCGGAGUACAUGCUGGAGCGAAGUUUCUAUCAGUUCCAGAACCAGUCCGCCCUGCCAGGCCUGCACGACAAGGUGGAGGAAAAGACGGCCGCCUUGAACAAGAUAGUCUUCAAAGAUGAGCACAACAUUGCCUCCUACCACCACAUCCGCUCCCAGCUGGAGCACUACGGCAAACAGUUUCGUCAGUGGAUAACGCGACCGGACCACCUGCUGCCCUUUUUACAGCCCGGCAGGCUGAUCAAGGUGUCGGCCGGCUCCCAGGAGUACGACUGGGGCAUUGUGCUGAACUUCAAGAAGCAGGACCAGAGCCGCAAGAAUCCGCUCAAGAGCGAGAUGAGUGUCACCAUCGAUGUGCUGCUGCACGUGAGCGAAGCGGCUGCCGAGUCUGGCGAUACUGAGCCCUGCGGCCCCAACGAGCGCGGCUGCAUGGAAGUGGUGCCAGUGGCCCAUUCCCUCGUUACCCAGAUCAGCUCCAUCCGCGUUUACUUCCCCAACGAUCUGCGCAGUCCAGACAGCAGACUAACCGUUCUUAAGACCAUCCAGGAAGCCAAGAAACGUUUUCCACAAGGCCCACCCGUCCUAAAUCCCAUCGACGACAUGAACAUCAAGGCUCAAGAGUUCCGGGAUAUCGUCAGCGCCAUUGCUCAGUUCGAGCAGCGCCUGGAAGAGCACCCGCUGCAUAAAUCCAAAGAACUGGAAGGUGUCUAUAGACGCUACCAGGAGAAGGUGGCGCUGCAGUCGGAGGUGACGGAGCUGAAGAACGAGCUAAAGGCCGCCCGCAGCCUCCUGCAGAUGGAGGAACUGAAAUACCGGAAACGUGUGCUCCGCCGCAUGGGCUACUGCAAGCCGGGCGACGUCAUCGAGUUCAAGGGUCGUGUUGCCUGCGAGCUGAGCUCGGCGGACGAGCUGCUAAUGACCGAGAUGAUCUUCAACGGAGUGUUCAACGAGCUGACCGCUCCCCAAGCGCUGGCCCUGCUGUCAUGCUUUGUUUGCGACGAAAAGUCCUCAGAAUCCCCGAAAUGCGCCACCGAACUGUCCGGUCCUCUGCGUUCCAUGCAGGAUCUCGCCCGUCGCAUCGCCAAAGUAUCCUCCGAGUGCAAGCUGACCAUAGACGCCGAUAGCUAUGUGGACAAGUUCAAACCAUUCCUUAUGGAUGUGGUGCUGGCCUGGUGCAAGGGCUCCAGUUUCCUUGCGGUCUGCAAGAUGACCGACAUCUUCGAGGGCUCCAUUAUUCGAUGCAUGCGCCGGUUGGAGGAGCUGCUGCGUCAAAUGUGCCAGGCCUCCAAGACCAUCGGCAACACGGACCUGGAAAACAAGUUCUCGGAGGGUAUUCGUCUACUGAAACGCGACAUUGUCUUUGCCGCUUCCUUGUAUCUUUAAGAAUGUAUCUGUAAGCUUGUACAACCUUGUUCAUUAUUUUUAUUUUUAUACUUUGGAUUAUUAAAAUGAGACUAGGCUAUAGUCCUAUUUAAG